UUGGCACACUUAAUAUUUCUAAACAUAAUGGAAGAAAAAUUGAAUACAAAAAGUCAUCGUAAACAAAAACGAGCAUAUCAUAGACUUCUUAGGGAUAUGGGUAUUAAAUGCUGUGAUAAUCCUACACAGUAUGUAAUGAUUUGUAAUGCUGGAUUAGUGACUGGAUUCCAAAGGAACAUAUUACAAGAUAUGGUAAAUUCAUUUGUUAAUAAAUAUGAUUUAAUAAUGCCACCAAAUAAGUCAUAUUGUUUUAUUAAGCUUUAUUCAAUAGAAGAUGCUAUAUAUGUACACAAUAAAAUUCAUGCUAAUAUUAAAGUUAGCGGGCAAAAUACACCAUUAUAUGCAACAUUUACAGAAUCAGUUCCCGAUUUAAAUUAUUAUGAAUGGUCUUUAAACCUUCCUCCUGGUCUCAAAUUAAUAGAAAAUAUUAUCACUGAAGAAGAAGAAAGAAGAUUAUUAAGCACAAUUAAUUGGAAUAAUGAAGGAUCAUCUGACUUGAAGCAUAGAAAAGUUAAACAUUUUGGAUAUGAAUUUCAGUAUAACUCAAAUAAAGUAGAUCCAGAUCAACCUAUUACACCUAUACCGGAAGAUUAUCAUUUUCUAAAGAUACUAUUCAAAAAAUAUCAUGAUGUCCCAUAUGAAUAUGAUCAAUUAACGAUUAAUCAUUACUUACCUGGUCAAGGUAUUCCUCCACACAUUGAUACGCAUAGUUCAUUUGAAGACAGUAUAUUAUCAUUAUCACUGGGUUCAGCAUGCAUAAUGGAUUUUAAAAGAGAAAAUGAAAAAGUUGCUAUUUUUUUACCACCACGUUCAUUAUUAAUUAUGUCAGGAGAAGCUCGUUAUGCAUGGUCACAUGGAAUAUGCCCUAGACAUAAUGACAUAGUGAGUACUUCAACUGGAAUGACAACUCAACCACGAGGAACAAGAGUAUCGUUUACAUUCCGAAAAGUACGCACGGGUGAUUGUUACUGCAAUUUUCCUGCAUAUUGCGAUACAAAACAAAAUAAUGCCAUUACCCUUAUUGAUAAUAAAAUAGCGCCAGGAAUAGAAAAUUCUUAUGUACAUAAUGUUUAUGACAAAAUUUCAAAUCAUUUUGAUGAAACAAGACAUAAACAAUGGCCCAAUGUAUCAAAAUUUCUUGAAACUUUAAACACAGGUGAUAUUUUGUUAGAUGUAGGAUGUGGAAAUGGUAAAUAUCUUUACCAACACAAAAAUAUAUUUAAGGUUGGGUGCGAUAGAAGUUAUAAUUUAAUGAAAAUAUGUCGAAGUAAAAAUUUUGAAGUGUUUCUAUCUGACUGUUUAUAUUUACCUUACAAAGACAAUAGCUUGGAUGCAAUAAUAUGUAUAGCUGUAAUUCACCACCUUUCGACUCAUGAACGAAGAAAGCAAGCAAUUUUUGAAUUAGCAAGAAUUCUUAGACCAAAUGGAAAGUGUUUAAUUUAUGUGUGGGCAAAAGAACAAGAAAAGGAUUCUAUUCAAACAGCUUAUUUGCGAUAUGACUUAGUUAAAAAGGAAGACAAUAUUUCAUGGACACAAAAGUUAACAGAAUAUGGUGUUACAUUACCAAUACAUACAAAUCGUACAAAAUUUGUUUCUAAUGACCUGCUUGUUCCUUGGAAAAGAAAAGGAGGAGGAAAUUUCCUUAGGUAUUAUCAUGUAUUUGAAGAAAAUGAACUAUCACAAUUAUGUUCUGAAGUGAAGAGUUUUACAAUACAGGAAGUAUAUUAUGAUCAAGGAAAUUGGUGUGUAAUUUUACAAAAAAAAGAAUAA